CCAAACUUCAAUAUGAUUAUAGUAAAUGUGAUUGAGAACAGCUGUAAAGAUAUUUUGAACUGCUCUGCUACGGCUGCUAAUGAAAAUUAUGCAAACGCAAUAAAUGCAAAUGAAAGUAAUCUAGCUCUGAAGGAAAGGGUUGUCUUUAUGUCAAUAUCAACCUGUGCGCGAUUUUGCAGUUCACUCACAGGUAUGAGCAAAAAUUUAGCAUCAUCUAAAAACGGUUCCUCGUCCAAGCUAAUAGAAGGAGCUGAAACAUGCGUGACACAAUGGGCAGCUCUGCAGAACAAAAAAGAAAUUCCAACAACAAGCACCUCAUCAGAUAACACAGAGGCAACAUUUACAUUUAAAUUGGGCCGAACAACCGGCGGUGAUUUGAGCAGUAACCUCAGUGUGACCUCUAGUGAAUCUUCGGAUAUUCUAGAAUCAGACUAUAGUGAGAAAAGUGGAGAACAAAAUUCACAAAAAUUGCAAAGCCCGUAUGUCGGUGUCAGAAGUUCUAGUAACAACAACGUCACAACAUUUGUUGAUCAUAAACUCGUUCAUAAAGAAGAAAAGGACGAGAGUCAUGAUGCAGCUGACAUAAAAUGUAAGGAUUCCGAAAAGAGCGAACUAGAUGACGGAAAUGACACUGAUGAAGACGAAACAGACAAUGAAUCCGAAGAGAGUAGCAGCAAUCACACUGAAAAGAGUGGACGUAAAUAUAAUUUUGAUCAUUUUCAGAUUAUUAAAACCGUCGGCACUGGUACAUUUGGACGUGUCUGCCUCUGUCGUGAUCGUGUUUCGAAUAAAUAUUGUGCCAUGAAAAUUUUAACAAUGGCGGAAGUCAUUCGACUAAAACAAAUUGAACACGUAAUAAAUGAACGAAAUAUAUUGCGUGAAAUACGUCACCCAUUUGUUAUAUCUUUAAAAUGGUCUACAAAAGAUGAUUCCAACCUAUACAUGAUCUUCGAUUAUGUUUGUGGAGGCGAGCUGUUCACAUAUCUGCGAAAUGCGGGGAAGUUUUCUAGCCAAACUUCUAACUUUUUUGCAGCAGAAAUUGUAAGCGCUCUUGAAUAUCUACACUCACUACAAAUUAUAUAUCGAGACUUGAAACCAGAAAAUCUGUUAAUAAAUAGGGAUGGUCAUAUAAAGAUAACCGAUUUUGGAUUUGCUAAGAAACUCCGUGAUCGGACGUGGACAUUAUGCGGCACACCCGAGUAUAUAGCACCAGAAAUAAUACAAUCUAAAGGCCAUAAUAAGGCAGUCGACUGGUGGGCGUUAGGCGUAUUGAUUUAUGAAAUGCUUGUGGGCUAUCCGCCUUUUUAUGAUGAGCAGCCAUUUGGAAUCUAUGAAAAAAUAUUAAGCGGCAAAAUUGAAUGGGAGCGCCAUAUGGAUCCCAUUGCUAAAGAUUUAAUAAAAAAGUUAUUGGUGAAUGAUAGAACAAAGAGGCUGGGGAAUAUGAAGAAUGGAGCUGAUGACGUUAAGAGGCAUCGCUGGUUCAAGAACAUUAAUUGGAAUGAUGUAUAUAAUAAAAAACUAAAGCCCCCAAUUUUACCUGAUGUACAUCAUGAUGGGGAUACAAAGAAUUUUGAUGAUUAUUCCGAAAUGGAUUGGAAGCCUACUAUUGCAAUAGACCAAAAAGAUUUUAAAUUAUUUAAUGAUUUCUAAAAAUAAUAAUAAACUUCUACAAAGGAAUUUAAGAACAAA